UCGGGGUCACACCGCUGUAGGGAUCAACUUGCAAUCUGAUUAGGACAACAAAAAGUUCAUGAAUGAUGCCCCCUGGAGGAGACUGUCCUUGGGGCUGUCACAAGCCAUCUGAUCUCCCCACUGGUCAAGUACAACGACAGGCACCUCCCGAGGCCUAGCAUCCAGCCUCUACUACAAUCUGGACUUUAUAAAAGAGAAAAACAAUCCUAUAUAUACUUUUUAAUUUUAUUUUUUUUCCAAUCUUGCUCCGGCUGAUCCCAGGCCACUCUGACUUGGCUCAAGUAAUGUCCUGGAUUUGGACAUGAUGGACCUUGACCUGGGUUCGAAGCCAUGCUUGAAACUCGACGACAAACUCAAAACCUUGUUUGAUGAUUUCGGCGACAUUUCUGCAAACUUCAAGAUCAAUGGAGGCAAGCAAGACACCAAGGGGGCCAUGUUCUCUCUCGACCUAGACGAUGCAUUGGGACCGGAUUUGCCGAAAUUGGGACAGUCGAAGACGUCGGCAGGUGGACGGCUUCCGGUCGGCAAACUCCCAGGAACAACCGCCUCAAUGGAUAUGGAGUCUUUCGACAUGCCCGGUGACUUGGAGGUGGUUAAGAAGGGUGCCAGCGCGGCGAAACUCAACAAGAGCUUAGCGGAAGGAGACGACUGCUCGUUCGAUCAAUUCGAUUUCAAGUCUUCGAAACACAAAGGGGACAUGAUGCAACUGGACAUUUCUCCCACGCCGAACAUCAAACUCCGGGCAAACUUAGGGAAUGAUGGCGAUGACGACAUAUUCAACUUCGAAGAUUGCAACAUGGACCGUUUUGAUGAUUUUGAUCUGAAGUUUGGUAUGACUGCUGACUUGUCGCAGGGAGCAAGAGCGAAUACAAAGGUCUCUCCUGCUUCCUCUGAGAGGAACACAGGAGUGAGCAAUAACCUCGAUGAGGAUGUUAUUAAUUUGACAUUUGGAGAGAGAUCCAAGUCUGUGUCUCCAUCUCCUGUGCAGGGUGAGAGUGGGGUUUGUUCCAAAGACGAGCACCACAACCUGAGGGGAAAGGAGAGUACCAGCUCCAAUCAUGACCAGGCGUGCUCCAAUCAGCAAGGCAUGCAGAAACCACCUUUGUCCUCUUCAGCUGCCUUUCACGAAGAGAGGUGUCCUUCGCCUGAGAACAAGGUGGGGGGUGAAAAUGAUGAGACGCCUGGCAUAGAAGAGGCCAUUGACUGCGGAAAUGACACAGAUCGAUUCCGUAGUGAGAGUCAGUGCGACGGUAGGACUGAUCCCGGACGUUCAAGUGACAAUCUGUCUCAUCGAACGGUAGCGAGCGCUUCUCGCGACAGGGACGGUCAGGAUGACACCUUGCCACUGGCGAUGCAAAGGCCGACUCGGAGCGGGGCAACAAUCGAAGAAGCAGAAUCUAGUCUAAGAGCAAUACUGCCAAACACGGGGAACGCCAGGCAAUCAACGGCCACGGAGGUUGGAGCUCCUUCAGAUUUGCAAUCCGGACCGUCAGAUAGACGAUUGCCUGUAUCAGCUGAAGCAAAGGACCUUGGAAGGUCUUCAAGAACUUCUAGUUUGGAGGGGCAACAAUCCGAAGGAGGAGCCGCUGAUGGGAAGAACCUGCUGUGUAUGCCAUCUGCGAACAGAAAUCCCGUUGCGAAUGCGGGCAAUUCUGAUUACGGUAGUGCGCAACAUCGGAGUCGAGAGGAUGAAGCAUCGGCCGGUGGGGAGGAAAGAGACCGCAACUGCGAGGAACUCGAGGAGCAUCUGGAUGGUGAUGGUUCUUUAGUGCAAGAACGCGUGGGGCGGGGCUUGUCUGGCGAACAGGGAUCACCAAGUUGCAACAAGGAUGCAGGAGGACCGGUUGUCGAGGAUGCGCAUGGCAAGAAUGUCGCAGAUGGUAGUGCCGCUGCCGCUGGGGACUCCUGUCCGGCCGGUGGUGCCUUAGGAUAUUCCAUGGGUGUGCAGAACAACCUGGGGUUGCAUGGAGAAGUACCACGGGAUGAGUCGUAUCCACACGCCCAGAGGUUGGCAGCUACGGAUAAGCUCACAUCUGUGUAUUGGAAACAUCCAGUCGAUCAUGAUAAUCGUGCGACUGUGGCUCGAACAGAGGUUGGCGUGUUACGAGCACCGGGCGAGUCCAAGCUUCCUGGAAAGAUCUCCGUGGCUGAAAACACCACGCUGUUGAAAACCAUCCCUUCCUUGCGGUAUGGAGGUUCAGCAGGACUUUCUUCGAUGCAAUCCAAGUCAGCAAAUUGCAAUAAGACUACUACAUCCGGUGGAAUAAUGCCUACGCAACGAACCUUUCCGAAGGUGUCUAGUCCUGUUUCGAAAAAGAUGCCGCCGCAAAUGCCAUUACGCGCAUCAUUGGUUCAACGGGCAGGAGUACCGCAGAGUCAAGGAGUGGGUGAAGGUAGUAGGCCUCCAAAGGUCAUGCCUGUCGUCAAGUUGGCAGGCCAGACACCUGCGGAAAGUGGUUUACACAGAAAGCCACAGACGUCAGGGGUGUCGGCAUCAGGAGGAAGUCAUGCUUUCACUGUUCCGCAGUCCAACCCGGAAACUGCAUCGCGCCAAAAGUCACAGCCUGCACAAGAUGGAUGCUCCCGUGGGAGUAGCUGCAUGAUGGCGACAGGCAGGACGAAAAGGCUGGAGGUUUUGUCAUCCCAGCUUGCCGGUGGUCUGGGGAACCCAACUCAACAGGGUUCAGGCAUGCAGGAUCAUAAUCGCUCGCGAACUGUGUCAUCGUCGUCGGCUAUCCAAAUACCGCAUCCCACAGGAUCUGCGCAGCGACUUGUUCAGCCCGGGCGAUUGAACUCGGUCAAUCCAAAACCGAAGGAGCACUCCGCUCCAGAGAGGAAGGAUGAGAGUCCCGCUCCAGAUGGUUCCCGAAUAGCCUGUCCUUCUCAUGCAGUGAAAGCUACUCAGAUGCAUGCUCCGAGUCAGGGAGUGAGAGCAGAACACAGUAGCAAGCCUCCUGCUAUUGUGUCAUCCCUCUUGUCGUCCAAGGGUUCCGAACGGGCUCCGACAUCAACCCUUACCCAUCAAAAAUCUCUUCUGAGAAAGCCUUCCCCAGCAAUUCCCAUUCCUACAAGUUCCAGUGGACUUAGACGCCCGGCAGAUGCCGCAGACGGCGUCUCAAUCAAGCCAUCAACAUCUCAGCGACUUCUCGGACAAAAUAUGCAAGGAAUGACCAGAGGGAUUGCACCGCCACAGGCACGGUCUCCACAGCUUGCUGGGCGGAGGUUAACUAGCACGGAUGGCAGUACGCUCUUGACCAAAGGUACUGGCUCCUUGAUGAGACAGUCCAGCGCUUUGCCAGGCCAGGCACAGGGCCUGAAGUUGGUCGGGAAUGCUUCCGGGUUGCCUAAAGGCCAAGAGCUCAAGAUAGACACAACUUGUCCCACGAAUUUGCAUACUUCAUCACAACAACUGUCUCGAAAGGGUAACUCUACUUUAGCUUCUCCCCGCACAACCAACGUGAUUGGAGCAAAGGAUCGGGCAGGCAAUUCUGGCUCAGUCGCCGCUGCCAUCCCAUCUUCCCAUCAAGACGGCAAUCCUGGGAUCGAAACCUUGUCUCCAUCCAUGGUAGGACAACGCAAAGGAGCGCAUCAUGGUGGGCGGCCCGCUAUGGAAACUGCAUCCUUGGGUGCACUGAAAGGACAACGAUCAACUGAGGUUCGCUCUCCAGCUGCCGCAUCGGUAGCAAACACGGCAGGAACGCUCAUGACAGCAAGUUAUGAACCAAAGGAGCCGACCACCGUGCGGCCGAUAUCUCGUCCUGCAUGUGACAACACGGUGGCAGGACGGACAGCCGUGAAUCACGACAUCCUAAUAGCAGAGGCUACUGUAAUGAAAACAGUCUCCCUGGGGGCAGCGCAGGCACCUGUGUGUGCAUCUCCCAGAAGCCGCUUGCAGCAGCCGACGACAGGACUGCCGGAUGCCCUUGAUUCCUUUGGUGAAGCAUGUCCUUCGAAGAAGGCAAAACAGACUCCCGGCACUUUGAAUUCGUUAUCCGUCAUGCCGGCUGACCAUUAUGGUGGCAGCAAGGAAGGCCCCAGCCGAUUAAGGCCAACAGAGGGACCAAGCGAAGCGGGUCAAGCCAAGAUGAGAAGGACAGAGGAAGAUCCUAGGCAACCUGGAGCUGUACCAAGCGCCCCAGAGGACGGCAAUGGACAUGUCCGCCGCGCACCUCCCUCGCUCUCACCACAACCGUUCGCUGAACCCAGCACUUUUCGAGAUAAACUGCAUGACAUGACAGACACGCUACCUACUUCUCUCUCAUGGGCAGGUGCUCGUACUCUCGGAGAACGGUCACACUCUCUUCCUGGAACCUCCUCGUCAGCUGCUCAAUCAUCCAUGAGCCCUUGUACUCCUUCCGCUCGACAAAAAAGUGUCAUUUCGGAUGAAUGCAUGGAUAACGCUAGACGGAGCCAGGCCUGCGCCAAGGAUCUUGAACACAUUUACAAAUCGAUGAAGAGGAAGCACAACGAAGUCAAGGACCUCGUUGUGCGUGCUCUAGUAAACAAUGCCACCUUGCAGAUGCUCGACAAGCCGAUGGACGAAGCGAAGAUUCAGAACGUUUUCAGGUUCAUCCAGCACGCAGCUCUUGGCGAGGAUAGAGACGGUGGUACGGUCUGCCUCGAGUCAGAGGAGUGAGAAUAGCCAAUAGCCUCUCUGCCAGGUGGAAGAUGCUUUCUUGAAAGAUUAUUAUCACCUAUCGUCAUUCUGAUGGACAAAUCGAAAAAGGAAAGGACGUACGACCCAUUUGGGACAGUUCUCCGCUCGGUGUAUAGCCGAAGACUCCAGGUCCUGGUAAGAAAACUGAGGCUCAUGCUUCUGGCUGUCUUGAAGAUGCGCUCUUCUUCUUCAUCUCGGAAGAGCGCGAUAAGCUGUUCAUGGAGUUGAAAGGCACUGUUUACGUCGAUGUGCGCGAGCCACCAUGCAUGUUCUGAUGGACAAGCAGAUGGAAGCGGUACUAGGACAAGCAGAUGGGACCGGUACUGGGACAACCGGAUGGAAGCGGUAUUGGGACAAGCAGAUGGCACCGGUACUGGGACAAUCAGAUGGAAACGGUACGGGGACAAGCAGAUGGAACCAGUACUGAGCUCUGUCAAAGCCUGAGCAACACGCCACUCUCUGUGAUGCCCGUAACUUAACGAGGAAGAAUUGUACACAAUGCAAGGACGGGAACAGAGUUUGGAGGCAUAGUACACGAAGUCGAUUGCGUAAGACGGGUAGGAUAGUCGUAAGGUUGGCAAGGCUUUUUUUUUUUUUUAAGGUGGCAUCACUGGCAAGGCUAUUGUGUGUGAUCAAGAUUCUGAUGAACAGUUUUAUUAAUUUUAUUCAGAAGCUGAUGAUAGUCGCAUGAGGAACUUAUAGUCAGUAGCAAGGAACUGCAUGGGAGCAGAGGGGAGAGGGGGAGAGGGGGAGAGAGGGAGAGCAAAGGGAGGGACGAAACGAGACCAGGAUGGAGUAGACAGGUUUCCGGUGCUGCAAUCGACAUGCCAGAUUUGCAGAGCGUAUAAAACUAAAGCACGCUCUUCAAGUUAUAUACCCUCUGACUUUGUUGUGGAACAAGAGAACCAACUUGCUCUCGGACCUAUAUAACAACGCCCUGCCAAGUUAUGUAACCCGCUGACUUUGGGCGACGGAGGCGGAGGGUCUGCUUGGAGUUGUUCUGAGGGUCUGCUUGGAGUUGUUCUGGAACAAGAGAACCAACUUGAAGAGCGAGGGCUGGAAACCAAUUAUACGAGCUUGGAAAUCGGUUGUCCCCUCUCUUGUUUCUGUUCUUUGAGAUUAUGGUACAUCCUCUGUUGGGAAACCCGGCGAUUAAACGCGUAAAAAAGGUUAGGACACCCGUCGAUUAACCAUUCAAAACAACGGUGCUGGGUAAGACAUGAGUACUUACAGUCAGUAGCAAGGGAACCCCAUCGAAGCAGGAAGGAGAGCGGGGAGCGGGGAGCGGGCGAGCAACGGGCAGAGGAGACGGGAAUCGGAUGGAGUAGAUAGGUUUUCAUUCCAGUGGUGCAGUUGACAGGUCAGACGAGAUAGAACGCAGAGCUGAAUUGCGGUGGCGACAGCACGCGGUGUAUCGUAUCGAUUGAUCAAAUGUCCAACUAGGAGGAGCAUUUGCUAGAUCGAGGGUAGAGGCAAUAAGUGUCG